GAAGAAAACAACGGCGAACCUGUUUAAUUGGGUGGGUGCACUAAUCACGUACGCCAUGGCCGGAGAUGAUCAGGAGCAAUAUGUUAUAACCAUAGAGAAACUGCCUAGCUUGGAUGAAAGGUUUGAUGAAUUGGAGAGGGCAGGAGACUACGAUAUUACGCCAAAUAAAGCUGGAAAGGUUCCACCCUUCAUGCGAACUCACCCAAAUCUCUGUAAGUAUUUUGAGCCGCGCUUUGUAUCAUUCGGUCCUAUCCAUCAUGGUAAGCCAGAAUUCCAGUCAGCAGAGGAGUACAAGCUUAGAUUGGCAAACUACUUCGUCAACGACAGUGGUAAAAGUUCUGAUAUUUUGUACAAGGAAGUUGAGGGCAAGUACGAGUCACUGGUGUCGUACUUCGACGAGGUGGUGGUCGGUAAUUACGAGAAGGAGGAACUCGCCUGGAUGCUGUUUGUGGACGGGUGUGCAGUUUUACAGUCCAUUUUCUGUGCAGUUCAGGUAACAUUCGAAGAAUUGAAAAUUGAACAGGAUAAAAUGGCUUUAUGGGAACAGGAUUUGUUCUUGUUGGAGAACCAACUUCCGUAUCAACUCUUACUGGAUUUGAUGGAUUCCAGCCAAAAGAAAGAUCAAUUGAGGGAAUCCAUCGAAGUCUUCAUCAAUAAGCAUAGCGUGGCGCUGCAUAGCUAUAAUCAGAAAGAGCCCAAGUGGGCAGCCCAUAUUCUUGAUUACCUCUGGCAGCUUCUCGUGGACGAAGAAAUGAAUCAUCAGCCUUUAUAUUCCCGCAAUAAAUCAGGGUAUCGAGCUGCAGGGUACCGCCAAUCCGUCCCGUGGCAUCACAACGCGCAGGAACUUAAAACCGCAGGAAUCAAUGUGAAGCCUAGUAAAGGUACCUUGACAGACAUAGAUUUCGCCUAUAAUCUACUGAAUUUCUCCGGAUACCUCUCGAUACCUCCAGUAGUAGUUGAUUACACAACGGGGUUCAAGCUCGUCAACUUGAUAGCCCACGAAAUGACGCUCCCAGGUAUGUCCAAUUACGACGGGGUCACCUCUUACGUAUCAUUCCUCGGUUCAAUCCUCGAUGGAACCGGUGACGUCAAGCAACUAAUCAAAGCACGCGUCCUCUUCAACUACCUUGACAAGGACGAUGAAGUGUUUCAACUCUUCAAAGAUAUAUCCACCAACUUGAUGCCUGUCCCAAAUGAAUUUCAUGUGAAUCUCAAGCGCAGGAUUGAGAAGUACUACGGCAACAAAUACAAGAUAUGGAUGGCUCAAUUGUUUCACGAUCUCUUCAGCAGACCCUGGAAGAUCCUUACUUUUUCUGCCUCUGUCUCCGCGCUUCUUCUAACUGCCACUCAGACUUUGUACCCAAUUUUCUCUACAUCUGGCCACGGCGAAGAUCAAGUCCGCAAGAAAUUUAAUUGAAACACACGAUCGAUCGAUCAAGAGGAAACAAAGGUACUGAGAAUUCAUUUUCUCGUGGUUAAUUUCUUAAUUAAUUUGCCUCUACCUGCAUGCAUCGAUCUACCUAUAAGCUAAAGGAUAUGGGUUUAAAUAUUCUUUGCCUCAGGUAAGUCAUAUUUCUUUCCAACAAUAAAUGAAUCUUAAAGACUGAGUUCUACGUAUGUACAUACGCAUAUAUAGGCCAAUUACCUGGUGUAAUUAAUGUAAUGUGUGUGAGAUAAAUAAUAUUAAUGAUUAAUUAUGUGUAAUAUAUAA